AUGGCACUACAGGGUCUCUAUAUAAAUAACUUUCCAUUUAGUAGCACUGCCAAACUCCAGAAGAGCUGCAAGGAGACCCAAGAGAUUCACAUGAGACAUAGCUCUUCAGUUUGCGCACUUUCUAGGUCUUCCACAAAAGCUGCACUGAAAAAAAUGGAACAGUUGGAAAACUCCACAGCAUCACCCAAACGCCUCUUCCUGCACACACAGAGCACCGCGCACUCCCAGGCGGACAAAAGCGACGCGUACCUGUACAUAUUAAUAGUCAUGUCUUUCUACGGAAUCUUCCUCUGUGGCAUAAUGACGGGCUACUUCCGCUCCAAAAGGAGAGAGAAAAGGAGAAUCAACAUCUUCACGCGCCUUGUGCACGAGGAGGAGCAGCGGGAGUGGGGCGCGCUGCCCAAGAAACACAGCCUUACCUUUCCCGCCGCUGUCUCAGAGCUGCGCUCGGUGCAGGUGUCCCUGCCUUUCUGCGGUAACCACGGCAACAACUUCGGGCAUCUCCACUACGAGGGCGCGCUGCCAUCACCGCUGGCGUGCGCACAGUGCACGGAACAGAGCAGCAUCAGCUCCCUGUGCUCCACGGACACGCGCUUCGCCAUAGAGGAGGAGUCGGACAACGACGCGGCCGAUGGGUUGGAGGGGAACGUGAAUUGCAGAUGAUUCAGGCUAAACUUCACCCAGAAAAAAAAACUCUGUGUGUUACCGUUCAUGGCCAAAAAGAGAAGAAACACCACCUGGAGAGAAGCACGGGAUGUUCUCAGGUUUCUUCAUGUCACAGAGGCCCAAACAGUCAGCAUCACCCAUGAUGUGAUAUCCUCAAAAGGGCUGGAACAAGUCAAACAAGAUGUGGUCAAUGUGAUUAAGUAGGCCAUUAGACGGUCAGUUUAGAGAGGGGGCAUUGGUCCAGAAUAUUUUUCGUUUGAUUUUUUUUUCUUUUUUCUAUGAUCUCUGCUCUCUAUAUUUAGGAGAGUAAGAACAAGUUUGGAUUCAGUGCCCCACCUACAUACUACAUUCUCAGUAGCAACAUGAAACCACAUACACACAUUUGGCCAUGUUUUUUUUUCUUUAUGACAAGUGAUCGUGGUGAGAGUGAAAGAUAAUUACAAUGGUCACUUUUAUUAUUCUUUUUGUUAUAUGGUGGCAUAACCUAUAGAUAGUAAUGCAAUUAUUCAAUUCAAUCCUUCAACUUUAUUUAUCCCUGCAAGGGGAUAAAUAAGUUGUAUGCAGCAGCAGCUCACCACCCAGGUCAACACACACAUCAAUAGCUAUGCUGUAAUAAUGAAUGAAUAGAUUAACAGAUAAAUAUAAAUAUCUAAAAUUUAAUAAAAUUGCACUGAACAAAAGAAUAAAAAUAUGAUUUACAAUUUUUACUAUUGAUUAUACAAUACACUACUAUAUUAUUUCAUUGUACAACUAUGACUUGCCUGAUUUGAUGGUGACCCCACCCUGCUGGAGCCCACUCCUGACGCCACACUGAGAACCAACUCACAGGUUUGGACUGAUGACUCACCCUGCAGGGGACUGAGUGAGAGACCGCCUCUCUGGCUCUUUGGACUGAACUUGACUUGCUCUUGCCAACAUGGUUUUGAGUGUUGAAAUGUACCUGGAACCCACUUGAAAGAUUCUCUAAACUAAAAGGUCUUUGUUGUAGCUUCAUGAUCAGCACUGUUCAUACACAGUCAAUAAUGUAGGUUUACUUGAUGAAAGCAAUGCACUCUACAUAUUGUUGGUAUUUUUCACUUCAUGAGGCUUAAUUUCUGAUGGAGUCUUUGUAGUCUUUCAGAAACCAAUAAAUUCUUCUGAAUUGA